AUGACGGUCUCGUACCAGUAUCAAGUCGCAAACUCUACCAGAGGUGGAUUCACCAGGCUCCUCUUUAUGUGGAGAGGAUCACUCUACAAACUCAUCUACAGAGAGCUACUUUUAUUUCUGAUUCUCUUUGGAGCACUCUCCACUAUUUACCGUCAUAUGCUUAGUUCCAAACAGAAAAAAGACUUCGAACAGAUUGUUAUUUAUUGCGAUAAUUUUAUUAAUUUAAUUCCAUUAAGCUUCGUCCUUGGAUUCUAUGUGUCUUACGUUGCUCAAAGAUGGUGGCAACAAUAUCAAGCGAUACCCUGGCCUGAUAAUGCAAAUAUGAUAUCGUAGGUUUCAUGACAGCACUUGAAUUGGAUUUGUUUUUGGCAGUGCCGAGCAUAGAAUUUAACACCUAUUGGAUCCCUUGCACAUGGUUUAUCAAUCUUCUAAAAGAAGCACGCCAAAAUCACAGGAUUCCCGAUCCUCAAGGAUUAAAAUUAAUUAUGGAGGAAUUUAAUGAAUUUCGUACAAAAUGUGGCCUUUUAUGGAGCUACGAUUGGAUAUCAAUUCCAUUAGUUUACACACAAGUAGUAACAUUAGCAACAUACAGUUUCUUCGCAGUGGCUUUAAUAGCUCGCCAAUACAUCGACGGUAAAGAAAAACAAUUCCAGUUGCAGAUUGACGUCUACAUACCUAUUUUUACGAUUCUACAAUUUUUCUUUUUUAUGGGCUUGUUAAAGGUGUCAUAUCUUGGAGUAGAUACUCUUAUGAAUCGAUGCCCACCAUUGGUCAAAGAUAUUUACUUUGAAGCUGAAAAUUUAAUUUUACCAUACACCGAAGCAGCUGCUGCUUAUAAAAAGAAAACUUAUCGUGGUAGCGUUGCAAACAUGAUGUUAGUAUUCUUAAAUGACUCUAAGUUCAUAUAUCCAAAUCAUUGUGAUAACGAGCAAUUUCAAAAUCCAUAUUCGGUUCCUGAAGAGAAACAAACCAUGUUUCUGCCAGAAGUCAUAGAAGAGGAGGCAGAAGAUAUAAAGCCAUCACACCACGCAUCAACAAUGAGUUUAGCUACUCACCCAUCAUGUGAUAGCCCAUCAUGUGAACGACGCCAGAUCAAUCCAUAUCCUAAGACUGAUCAAACUUCUCCUGAGACAAUUUUACAAUUUGAUAUUCAAGAACCUCCGGUCCCAACGGACCAAACAGGACAAAAAUCAACAAGGAUAAUAGAAACUGUUAAGAAAUUCUCAUCUCUGGGAAAACAUUCGUUGCAACGGAUCGAUACAAGCCGAAGACCAUUUUUCACGUUAGCAAAAAGCCCUAAGGUUGUACAAUCUUGGCCGAGUACGUCAAAUUUGUCGAAACAUUCGAUACAAAUCAUAGAUACACCUCCCGUAUACACGGACAAUGUAAACCCGUGGAAAGACUAUAUUUCAAGAGGUGAGCAACAAUUCUCAUUUGAUGAUAGCUCAAAACACCCUUCGCAAAUGGAAGGACAAUAUGACCUUGAAAAUGUACAUCCAUCGGACGAUGCCAAUGAAAAUCCAAAUGAAAGCCCUCAUUCAGAUACAUGCCAAUUACAGUGCCAUCACAGUAUGUACCAUUUAACACUGCCAGAAACACCUUUGUCAACCCCAGUAAAAGCAAUGAUGCCGGAAGACAGAAAAUCCAUGUUUCUUGUAAAAAAACAUAAAUUAAUGGGGUCAAAUAAAAAGAAAGGUAUUCAAUGGAAGCAGAUUGUAAAAACGGAUAUGCCGGUAACCGAACAAAGAUUACUUUAUUCGAGAAGCUCACCAAAUUUGAAAUUAAGAGAAAGUUCACUAGAUGUGAGGAAAGACAUAUCUGACACAGAUUCUUCAGGCAAAGAAGAAUAA